AUGUCAUCUGUGUUUUGUGUGUCAGGAGGUAGGGGUCAGAUGGUUCAGAUGGACAGCAGUGCAUCAGGCUAUGUUGGCUCACAGGUGGAACUACGAUGUCAGUUCAUCAACAGCAACCCACCAGUGAAGAUUUCACAGGUCACCUGGCAGAAGUUCCUUAAUGGAACCAAGCAGAAUGUGGCCAUUGCCAACCCUGCGCUGGGUGUGUCUGUUCUGCCACCUUUUAAGGAACGUGUUAGGUUCAAGAAUCCAUCUGUGCGGCAACGCUCCUCAUCCCUGGAGGACACGACGAUCACUUUCUCCAACCUGCGACUCUCUGAUGAAGCUGCCUACAUUUGCGAGUACACCACUUUCCCUGCUGGAAAUCGGGAGAGUAUGGCUAACCUCACUGUUUAUGCUCGCCCUAUGGUCCAGAUGAGCCUAUCAACACCUUCUAUUGUGGCUGGAUCACCCAGUGGUAAAAUGACAGUGGCCACUUGUGUCUCAGCCAAUGGGAAGCCGCCUAGUGUAAUCACAUGGGACACUGAUCUAAAUGGUGAGGCUAUCACUCUGGAGACGCGUAAUUCGGACGGGACCAUUACUGUGCGCAGUGACUACAUGCUGGUUCCCAGUCGACAGACAAACCAACAGACACUGACCUGUGUUUCCACAUACAACAAUGAGAAGUUCAGUGACAGUGUCACUCUCAACAUUCAGUAUGAACCAGACGUAAUAAUUGAGGGCUUUGAUGGAAACUGGUACUUGAACAGAGAGAACGUUCGGCUAACCUGCCUGGCUGAUGCCAACCCACCCAUCUCUCUGUAUCAGUGGAGAUAUCUAAAUGGUUCUAUGAGCAGUAAGGUGGAGCUGCGGGAUGAUGUACUGCACUUUAAAGGCCCGGUGACCUACGACAUGGCCGGAACAUAUGUGUGUGACGCAACCAACAGCAUUGGGACGGGUUCGGCCUCAGUGGAGGUCACUGUUACGGAAUUCCCCAGCUUUCCUCAGGAGGUGAUGCAGGAGCUGCAGCGUGUGGGAACUGCUGUCAGUGGGGUGGUCGUCUGUGGCACAGUGCUGGUGGCAGCCAUCACACUACUUGUUGUCUUCUAUUAUCAUCGCCAACACACCUUCAAGGGCAAUUACAGCACCAAGAAACCCAUACCAGGGAACAGCUACAGCAAAAACAGCAGCUUGAACCCCCAAAUCCCUGUGACCCAAAUACUCACCGCCUGUCCUGAGAAUGUGGAUGAUGAGGAGACGACAGAGAGAUAUGGAGGCCUAAGUGGCCUAACCCAGAGUGGUCAGGACUUUCACAGUCAGACUGAUAGCUUGGAGAAAGUAGUGUACGGCACUGGUGAUGAGAAGCAGAACUGGAUGUAUGGGGAGAGCAAUUACAUAUUUGAAGGCUGUUCUGAGGUUGAGGUCUCUGUGGAUAUAGUUUCUCAGACAGAUGGUUGUAUAAUCUCCAGAGAAGAGUGGUAUGUGUAGAAAACUGGUAUUGACACUUUUCCUUCCCUGCCCUUAAACCAGCUACUCUACCCUCCCUAUUGACAUCAACCUAGUCAAUGUAAUACUAGACACCUCAGCCUCAAGGACAGAAACUCUGAAAUUAAAACUGAACUUUUGCACUUUCAGGUUUGAUGGCGAUAUUCUGGCAAACUAAAUGAACUGCUUUUAUGACUGUAAUGGUGCUUUACACAGUGAAGUUCUGAGCCAAGUUUGGCCAGUUAUCUUUUUAGAAGCAAAGCAUAAUCUGUGAAGCUUGUCCACCAGAGGAUGGUAUAGAAUCUUGAACUGGAGGGAGGAGAUGUGAUGACAAAUGGAUUCUUUCAUGUAAAAUGGUUUGUUUACCUGGGUAUAUAGUCUAAAUGGCAAAUGGUUUAAUUUGUGUGCUGCCAUAGUUCAGUUCAGUUAUUGUGGUGGCAUUGUGGAAGCUCUCAUCUCUAAUUCCUGUCAUGGAAAAAACAGAGGUAAAACAUAGG